UGAAAUUAACCCGCAAUUCUUGAAAAAGUUAGCUAGUGUAGGCGAGUGUGCGACUAAACACCCGCAAUUCACAUUUUGCACCCACAAGCCCAAUGAAUGGUUCGGUUAUCAAUCCUAAUUACCUCUCCAAUUUUCCCUCCAAAUUCCACAAACAGCAAUUCAAAUUUCCUCUCCAUAAAACACCAAUGCCUUACACUUCUCAAUUUUUGUUCAUCAAUCAAACAUCUUUAUCAAAUCCAUGCCCAAAUUCUAGUCUCCGGUCUCCACCAAGAUAGCUUUCCCACCACCCAACUCAUUAAACUCUCUUCAUUAUCAUCUUCAAAAAAAUUGACCUAUGCCCAGUCCCUUCUUAAUUACUCUACAAAUCCACUCCCACCUUCUGCUUGGAACAUCAUAAUUAGAGGCUAUGCUUCUAGUAACACCCCGAGAGAUGCCAUUUUUAUCUUCUGUAAAAUGCGAAAACAGGGGAUUCGACCCAAUAACCUUACCUUCCCCUUUCUUCUCAAAGCGUGCGCUGAGUGUUCUGCGAUUAAAGAAGGGAAACAAGUUCAUUGCGAUGUUGUUAAGUAUGGGCUAGAUUCUGAUUUGUAUGUUAAUAACAAUCUGAUUAAUUUUUAUGGUUCGUGCAAGAAGAUUUUAGAUGCUUGUAAGGUGUUCGAUGAAAUGUCUGAUAGAGCUGUUGUUUCGUGGAAUGCGGUGAUUACUAGCUGUGUUGUGAGUUUAAAAUUGGGAGAGGCAAUUGGGUAUUUUUUGAAAAUGGGUGAUUCUGGUUUUGUGCCCGAUGAGACCACGAUGGUGCUUAUGCUUGCGGUUUGUACUGAAAUGGGAAACUUGAGUUUAGGUAGAUGGGUUCAUUCUCAAGUGAUUGGGAGAGGAUUGGUGUUGAAUUAUCAAUUGGGCACUGCCCUUGUUGAUAUGUAUGCAAAAAGUGGAGCUGUUGGUUAUGCUAAGGUAGUAUUUGACAAGAUGAAGGAGAGAAAUGUGUGGACAUGGAGUGCCAUGAUUUUGGGGUUAGCUCAACAUGGUUUCGCGGAAGAGAGUCUUCAACUUUUCCUUGAGAUGAUGAAGAGCUCUUCCGUACAGCCUAAUUCCGUCACGUUUCUUGGCGUUCUUUGUGCGUGUAGCCAUGCUGGUUUGGUAAAAGAUGGAUUUCGGUAUUUCCAUGAAAUGGAACAUGUGCAUGGAAUCAAACCAAUGAUGGUACACUACGGUGCGAUGGUUGAUAUAUUAGGUCGUGCUGGCGGGCUUCUAGAGGCUUAUAAUUUUAUAAUACGCAUGCCUUUUCAACCUGAUUCUAUCGUGUGGAGGACGUUGCUCAGUGCUUGCAGUGUUCACGAUGUGAAGGAUAGUACUGGAGUUGCAGAUAUGGUGAGAAAGAGGUUGCUUGAACAAGAGCCGAGGAGAAGUGGAAAUUUUGUGAUGGUUGCAAACAUGUAUGCUGAUGCUGGAAUGUGGGAGAAAGCUGCGAAAGUGAGGAGAGUAAUGAGAGACGGUGGCUUGAAGAAGAAGGGCGGAGAGAGCUGUGUUGAAUUAUCCGGCUCUAUUUAUCGGUUCUUUUCAGGGUCUACCUCUCUAGAUGAUAAGGAAGGCAUGCAUCAGUUGCUAGAUGAAUUGAACUUGCAUAUGCAGAUGGUAAACUAAUAACAAAAGAUAUAGCCUCUCAUCUACAAUUGUUUGGUGGUCAUGUAAUAAUCUUAGAUGGUAAUUAUUUUCAUUCGUUUGGCUUGGUUCAAUUUUUAGACAACUUUGGUUCAUUA